CGCCAGGCGGCGCGAGGGGCCCGCCCCUGCCCAUGCGCAGUGGCGGCCCGGAGGCGGUUUCCGGCCGGCGGGGGAGCCGCCCCUCCCUUUCUGCUCGCGGGCGGCCAUCAUGGUGUUCAAACGCUUCGUCGAGAUUGGCAGAGUCGCCUUCAUUUCCUUCGGGCCACACGCCGGCAAGCUGGUGGCCAUCGUGGAUGUUAUUGACCAAAACAGGGCACUAGUUGAUGGCCCCUGCAGUGGUGUCAGAAGGCAGGCUAUGCCCUUCAAGUGCAUGCAGCUGACUGACUUUGUCCUCAAGUUCCCUCACAGUGCCCGUCAGAAGUUUGUGCGACGUGCCUGGGAGAAGGAAAAUAUAAAUGAAAAAUGGGCAGGAACAAGAUGGGCGAAGAAGAUCGAAGCCCGAGAAAAGAAAGCCAAAAUGACUGACUUUGAUCGCUACAAGGUUAUGAAAGCAAAGAAAAUGAGAAACAGGAUGAUCAAGCAUGAAAUGAAGAAGCUCCAGAGGCUGGCUUCUAAAAAAGGCAAGAAGCCAGAGAAGUCCGAGAAGCCGGAGAAGCCAGCAAAGCCAGCAAAGGCACAGAAGCCAGAGAAGGUGCAGAAGGCACAGAAGGCGCAGAAAUAAAAUUAACUUCUAGUUAUGUAUGACACUGUGUCCAUGUUCUGAUUCUUUAAAAUGAACAUAUGGUUAAACAUCUGAUUUAAAUUGUAAUCAUAAGUUCACUUUUACAUCUGACGAUGAA